AUGCACCGACAGAGCUCCAGCUGGCGUAGAUGGAUCGACAAAGCCCGCAAGAGCACUGCGACACCAACUCAGGCCAAUCCUGAGAUCUUGUCGCAAUCGGAUCAAGUGUCGAGCCAAGGGGCUGGUUCCUGCGGCGGCGAAGCUUCACGCCUCGCUACUCUAGGACGGAUGUCUCUGGAGCGUUUCAAUAGCUUGCAUAAGCUUGAAGAUCUCCAUGAUGCGAUUGAUGCACAAGAGCGAGCUGCCAAACUCAUGCGUGAGGGACAUGCGGACUGGCUGUAUCUUGCAGAUGAUCAUGCACAUAGCCUACGGCGCCGUUUUGAGAACUAUGGGGCGUUGGAAGACAUAGACCGUGCGAUUGAGUUUCAGGAACGUGCUCUCAUCUUCACUCCCGGAAACAGCCCCAAACGGCCUUGGAGACUCGACUGCCUUGCAAUAUGCCUUCGUCUACGCUAUGGCAUCACCGGAACACUUCGUGAUCUCGAAAUGGCUGUCACAAAGCACCGACUUGCACUAGCACUCACGUGUGACAGUACAGACGGUCAACCUGGGUACCUCAGCAGCUUCGCCAACUCCCUGAGGUCCCGCUUUGAACGCUUUGGCGAGCUUCGCGACCUGGAAGAAGCGAUUGCCGCGCAUAAACUCGCUGUCGAUCUCACGCCCGAUGGCAAUCCCGACCUACCGUUGCAAUUGAGAAACCUCGCCAGCUCUCUGGUGUCCCGCUUUAAACACCUCGGGGAGCUUCGCGACCUAGAACAGGCGAUUACCGCGAAUAAGCUCGCGAUUCGUCUCACGCCCGACGGCCAUCCCGACCGACCGCAGGGAAUGAGCAACCUCGCCGGCUCUCUGCAGUCCCGCUUCCAGCGCCUCGGCGACCUUCGCGACCUGGGAGAAACUAUUGCGAUGCAAAAGCUCGCUGUCGAUCUCACGCCCGAAGGUCAUCCCGACCGGCCACAGCGAUUGGGCAACCUCGCCAACUCCCUGAGUUCUCGCUUUGAAUGCUUCGGCGAGCUACGCUACCUGGAAGAAGCGAUUGCCGCACACAGGCUCGCUGUCAAUCUGACGCCCGAAGGCCAUCUCGAACGACCCUUGCAAUGGAGCAACCUCGCCCAUUGUCUACGGUCGCGCUUUGAACGCCUCGGUGAGCUUCGCGACUUGGAAGAAGCAAUUGCCUUGAACAAACUUGCCGUCGGGAUCACACCCAAAGAGCAUAUCCACCGACCACUGCGCUUGAGUAGCCUCGCUGGCUCUUUGUGGUCUCGCUUCCAACGCCUCGGCAAGCUUUCAGACCUAGAAGAGGCGAUUGCCGUAAACAGGCUCGCUGUUAGCCUCAUGCCCGACGGCCAUCCUGACCGACCACAGGGAUUGAGUAACCUCGCCGGCUCUCUGACUUCCCGUUAUGAACGUUUCGGCGAGCUGCGCGAUCUUGCGGAAGCGACUGUGGCGGAUAGGCUUACUGUCGAUCUCACGCCCGAAGGUCACCCUGACCGGCCAUGGCGAUUGAGCACCCUCGCCAUCUCUCUGAGUUCUCGCUUCGAACGCCUCGGCGAGCUUCGCGACCUGGAAGAGGCAUUUGCGGUGCAUAAGCUUGCUAUUGAACUAACGCCCGAAGGUCGUCCCAACCGACCAUAUCAAUUGAGCAGCCUCGGCUGCUCUCUGAUGUCCCGCUUUCAACGCCUCGGUGAACUUCGCGACCUGGAAGAAGCACUUGCGACGCAUAAGCGUGCUAUCGAGCUCACACCUGAAGACCAUCCCGGCCGACCAAUUCGAUUGAGCCACCUCGCCGGCUCUUUUUGGUCCCGUUUUCAACGCCUCGGCGAGCUCCAUGACCUGGAAGAGGCCAUUGCGCUGCAUAAGCUUGCUAUUGCGCUCACGCCCGAAGCUCAUCCCGACCGACCGCCGCGGUUGAGCGGCCUCGCCGGCUCCAUAUGGUCCCGCUUUGGACGCCUCGGCGAGCUUCACGAUCUGGAAGAUGCGAUUGCCGCCAAUCAGCUCGCUGUCGAGCUCACGCCCGAAGGCCACCCCGGCCGGCGAUUGCGAUUGCACAACCUUGCCGCUUCUCUGGGCUCCCGCUUUGAGUGUCUCGGCGAGCUCCGCGACCUGGAAGAAGCGAUUGUCGCAGGAGAGCUCGCUGUCGAGCUUACACCCGAAGGUCAUCCUGACUCGCCAGUCUUCAUUUCGCACAUGGGAAUCUUGUUGAAAGCUUUGUUUGCGUCUGAACCGAGCAAGAUGCGCUUUAACGCAGCACUUGAACAACUUAUGAAGGCGACGGUCCAGACACUGGGUAAUCCAGAGUCACGGCUGAAGUCGGCUCGGGCAUGUGUAUCGUUACUCUCGGAAUAUCCGGAGUUCAGCUCCGCAGAACUGGUGCUUCAGGCCCACUCGAAGAUCAUCCAGAUCUUUCCUGAGAUCGUGUGGCUUGGCCAUAGUCUUGAGCGUCGAUACAGCGAACUGGCUCAGCUGGGAAACGAGGUCAAUUCAGCGGUCGCUGCUUUCAUCCGGUUGCACUCGAGACACCAGGCUAUCGAAUGGAUGGAAGCCGGAAGAUCCCUCGUUUGGUCGCAGAUGUUUUCUUUACGGCAGCCCUUGGGGGAUUUAGAAAGGGUGUACCCCAAGCUGGCCUCGAGACUACGGCAGAUCUCAUCAGCGCUUCAGCACUUGGAUAGUCUAUCUCAGCCUACACAGGAAAGGUUUCACCUUGAUAGUGGCCAGGCAGUUGCCAAUGCUGAUCACGGUAUGCGUACAACUGCCGAUGAAGGAGUCGUGCUUUCCUCGGUAGACCGUCGUAGACAAUUGGCCAUCGACUAUGACGAUAUUCUGAAACAUAUUCGCGGCCAAGAGGGUUUUGAAGACUUCCUGCGCCCCGCGAAGAUCAAUAGUCUUCUCACGUCCAUUGAACGCCUCGACGGGCCUGUCGUCUUCAUCAACGUCCAUUCGUCUUCUUGUGACGCACUUGUACUCUUCCCGAAUGGUGGGAUCGAAAACAUAGCGUUACCCAAGCUCAGCGAGAGACACGCGCAGGGAUUACGCUCUACCUGGACAAAGCUUUUGCGGUCAUCUGGUCUGCGUGUGCGCGGUUCAACAUCGGUUGGCAGCCUCGCAGAGGGCCGCAUGGAUAUCCUGGGCACGGUCCUUGAACGACUGUGGACGUGCAUCGUGAGCCCCAUUCUCGAUGCACUACAUUUCAUGGUUGAAGUACCUGCCGCUGAACACAAGCUCCCGCACAUCACCUGGUGCGCGACAGGGCCGUUGACACAGCUACCUCUCCAUGCCGCGGGGAUCUACGGCCAGCCGCAAACCCUCUCGCAUACAUACGAUUUCGUUGUUUCAUCAUAUACACCAUCUCUUUCCGCACUCCUUCGCUGCCAUCAACAACCAGGAACAUACAAGCAGUUUCGCCCAAACGUGUUGAUCAUCGCACAGCCGGAUACUCCUACAUACGCCUCUCUGCCUCACACGAGAGUCGAGUGUAAACGACUGCGUGCCGCCAUGCCGGAGAAAGCGUACACCUUCAAGUCCCUGAUGCACGAGCAGGGGACCGUAGCGAAUGCUCUGAAUGGUCUCGGACAUCAUCAUUGGGUCCAUCUCGCGUGCCACGGGAAGCAAAGCGCGGAUAAUCCGACGCAGAGUGCGUUCGCGCUGUACGACGGCGAGUUGACAUUGGCCGCCCUGAUGGGCACUAUUGCAGGGAAUGCGGAACUUGCGUUCCUCUCCGCGUGCGAGACCGCUGUCGGUGACGAGAAGAUUCCCGAAGAAUCUGCCCAUCUUGCGGCGGGAAUGCUCGCGGUGGGGUUCAAAGGCGUUGUCGGGACGAUGUGGUCAAUCGGGGACGCCGAUGCGCCUACCAUCGUGGGAGCGUAUUAUAGGCGGCUUCACAAGCUGAGAGAGUCCAAGAGGGAGGGUAUCGUUGCUCCAGGAUAUACGGGAGCGGCGUAUGCGCUACAUCAUGCCGUGAAGGUCCUGAGGGAGCGAGUAGGUGAACAAAACUUCAUGAAAUGGGCUCCAUACGUGCAUUUCGGUGUAUAA